AUGCCUCGAAAUAAAAUAUCGGAUAAUAUCGAAGGUAUCGCCAAAUAUCUUUUGACGAAAACAUAUUCAUACUAUGUGAUCCAGCAAGAAUUAGCACGAAUGAAUUUGAAUGUAUCAAAAAGCACUAUCAGUCGUAUUGCUAAUAAGGUUGGAAAACAACAGCAAGUAUUCUUAUUUAAUAGUGAAAAGUCAAAGCUUCAUCAUCGUCGUCAUAUAGCAACACCUUCCGCAGUUCGUCGUAUUACAUCAUACAUUAAUCAAGAAAAUCCUCCAACCGUUUCUUUAAUGGCUGCAAGGCCAGUACAUCGACUUUAUCCAGCUAUUAUUGAAAAGAGACGAUCUCGAGCUUGGCGUAUGUACCGAAUACUAUCAAAUGUAAAGUAUAAGAAUUAUCUAACUACUGAUGAAUCAUGGCUUUAUCUCGAUGCGAGUCAAGGUACAAGAGAUAUAUACUAUGUUAGAAGUAAUCAACUACCAGCAGAAAUAAAAAAAAUUGAACAGAACGAUUUACAUCCUGUAGCUGUAAUGGUUUGGGCUGGUGUCAGUUCACAUGGGAAAACUCAAGUAUAUUUUAUUGAACAAAGGGCUACAAUAGCCAGCAAAUAUUAUAUCGAACACAUCAUAGAGUCACUUAUUGAAUAUGAUAUUCCUCGUUUAUUUCCUGGUGAUAUGCAAAAGAAAAUGGUACUGCAUCAAGACAGUGCUCCUGGUCAUGUCGCAAAGUAUACAAUUUCUUAUGUGAAGGAACACAACAUUAAUGUUAUAAUGCCGCUUGAGCGGUUACCUAAGAGUCCUGAGACUGCACCAAUGGACUAUUAA